GCCGCGGGGAUGCUGCGCGCCGAUCUCGACGGCGCCGGCGCGGCCCGGGCGCGGCCCGGGUCAAGCGGCCCGUCGCCGAGGCGGCCGGCGCCGCCGCCGCGGCGUGGGCGCGCCGCGUGGGGGGCGGUGGCGGCGAGCCAGCGGCGCCGCGCGCGCAGUGGACGGCGCGCGCGGGGGGCGAGCGGGCGGCGCUGGCAGGCGGCGCACAGGGGCCGCUCGGGAGGGGAGACGUCGCUGCUGGCGACGGCGUCGAUGCCCUGUUCGAGCGCCCGGGCGAGGGUGGUUGCGCGCGACUGACCGUUGCCGGCGCGCAGCGCCAGCUCAGCGCCCUGGUGGGCAAUUCGCGCCUGCGCCGGUUGGUCGAGUGGUUCGAUGCUGCCUGGCGAAGCUCCGCGACCGGUCUGUUGAAUAUGGGUGGGUCUGGCGUCUCGACUUCUGCGCGGGGCCCGUGUUGUGUGGGGAUGAUCGUGCCCUUUGCCUGCAGCUGCGCCUCGGCGCGAGCGUGGUGCCGGACUCCGACGCGUGCCCUGAGCUUGGCGGCCUCGUCGAUUGUCGAGACCGAGCGCGCCAAGGGGCACAGCGCGGUGGUCCGCGCCGUGUUCGCGCGCGCACGAGGUCGGUGGCGGGGCCGCGCUCGCGUGCAACGGGGCUCGGUGGAAGCGAGGCCCGGCGCCCAGCCUGGCGACGUCUUCGCGACGGCGGCGGCGCCGAACCGCGAGGCCGCGGUGGACGUGGCGAUCGUCGGCCCAGAGGCCGCUGCCGCGGGGGCCGACUGCGCGGCGUCCGCCCGCCGGGCCAAGUUCGAGGGCCGCGCCAACCCCGACGCCGAGCGGGCCGCGGCCUUCUGCGCCAGGGCCCUCACGCGGAGGGCGAGGAUGAGCCCCCGGGCGUGCUCCGUCGGGGUGGCCUUCGCUGUGCGGCGCGCGAGGAUGGCGAGGCGCUGCGCGCCGGCGCGCGCCGCCCGCACCUCCCGGGUCGUCCACGGGCUGGUCGGCGACGAGGCGGGGGGCCAGCGCGCGGCCCGGAGCGCCCUGGGCGACAACCUCGCUGGCGCUG